AUGAAUUCAGCUGCUGUACUCUUGCUACUGUAUUUUCUGGGUCUUCAAGCCUUCAUCGAGGCUCGCCCACCCGCCGCCGAGCCGGCUCUGGAAGCUGUCAACAUUGUGAAACGCCAGUCCGAUGGAGAUUGGGAUUCUCCGAGAGGUGGCGGGAGCUACGGCGGUCGAGGAUCUGAUGGCGACUGGGAUGCGUGGUACUUCUCUAAGCCGAAGACAUACAACGACGGUUGGUGGCCCUAA